AUGAAGCUUCUGUCCUCCUGGGCUGUGGUCGCGCUGGCCGCGCAGGCUGCAGGUGCCGCACUGAGCCACCAGUUCGAUGGCUUUUCUAUUCGAGAGCACGCGGAUCCCGCGAAACGGGCGCUAUUGCAGCAAUAUAUGCGUAUAAAGGUGACCUGGGAUGAGCACUCGCUGUUCGUCAAUGGCGAGCGAUUGAUGGUUUUCAGCGGCGAAGUCCAUCCAUAUCGUCUGCCCGUCGCCUCGCUGUACAUUGAUAUCUUCGAGAAGGUCAAGGCCCUGGGAUUCAAUUGCGUGUCAUUCUACGUCGAUUGGGCUUUGUUGGAGGGCAAGCCUGGCCAUUAUACCGCCGAGGGGAUUUUUGACCUGGAGCCCUUCUUCAAUGCUGCUAAGGAGGCGGGUAUCUACCUGCUGGCGCGCCCUGGCCCGUAUAUCAACGCUGAGGUCUCUGGCGGUGGCUUCCCCGGCUGGCUCCAGCGAGUCAAUGGCACGCUGCGGACAAGCAAUGAGGCGUAUCUGAAGUCAACCGAUAAUUAUAUGGCCAAUGUUGCUGCCACUAUUGCCAAGGCCCAGAUAACCAACGGCGGUCCGAUUAUCCUGUUCCAGCCCGAGAACGAGUACUCCGGUGCUUGCUGUGGUGUUAACAACUUCCCCGAUGGCUCUUACAUGCAAUAUGUUGAGGACCAGGCCCGCAACGCCGGGGUGGUCGUGCCCUUCAUCAGCAACGAUGCCUCUGCUGGUGGGCACAACGCCCCCGGAACAGGCGCGGGCGCGGUCGAUAUCUAUGGUCACGACAGCUACCCCCUAGGCUUUGCUUGCGCCCAUCCUUCUACGUGGCCUAGUAAUGGUCUUCCCACCACCUUCCACACUUCUCACGAGAAGCAGAGCCCCACAACCCCCUACUCUCUGGUUGAGUUCCAAGGGGGUUCGUUCGAUCCGUGGGGCGGAGCUGGGUUCGCGAAUUGCGCUGCCCUUUUGAAUCACGAAUUUGAGCGAGUGUUCUAUAAGAAUGACUUUAGCUUCGGUGUUGCAUUCCUGAACUUGUAUAUGAUUUUUGGCGGUACCAACUGGGGUAACCUGGGCCAUCCCGGCGGGUACACCUCGUACGACUAUGGCUCUGCUAUCACCGAGUCGCGCAAUAUCACCCGUGAGAAGUACAGCGAGCUGAAGCUACUUGCAAACUUUGCCAAAGUAUCUCCGGCUUACCUGGUGGCCAACCCUGGUACUCGAUCAAACUCGGCGUAUACCAACACUGUCAACUUGGGCGUGACCCCCCUGCUGGGGAGUAACAGUUCUGCUUCCUCAUUCUUUGUGGUCCGACACGCCGAUUAUACCAGCCAGGUUUCGGUCACAUACGAGCUCUACCUUCCCACCAGUGCUGGGAAGCUGACAAUUCCUCAGCUUGGUGGAAACCUUACCCUCAGCGGCCGCGACUCGAAGAUCCACAUUACCGACUACGACGUGGCGGGCACCAAUAUUCUCUACUCCACAGCUGAGAUCUUCACCUGGAAGAAGGCCGGAAAUGAGAAGAUUCUCGUUUUGUACGGUGGCUCUGGCGAGCACCAUGAGCUUGCGGUUUCUGGCGGUUCAAACAGCUCGGUUGUUGAGGGAUCCUCCUCUGGCAUUUCGGCAAAGACGGUGGGCAACGCACUGGUCGUUGCCUGGGAUGUGUCGACUUCUCGCCGCAUUGUUCAGAUUGGCGACUUGAAGAUCUUACUUCUUGACCGGAACUCUGCCUACAACUACUGGGUGCCUCAGCUUCCCACCAAAGGCAAAGCCCCUGGUUACAGCAACCAAGAGACUACUGCUUCGUCUAUCAUUGUCAAGGCUGGCUAUCUUGUGCGGAGUGCAUACCUUGAUGGUAGUAACCUCCAUAUCCAGGCGGACUUCAACGCUACCACUCCCGUCGAGGUGAUCGGCGCUCCAUCUGGUGCUAAAAACUUGGUCAUCAACGGCAAGAAGACUCAAUAUAAGGUCGACACGAAUGGUAUCUGGGCAGCUAGCGUUAAUUACGUUGCACCAAAGGUCCAACUUCCAAGCCUGAAGGACCUGAAGUGGAAGUCUAUCGACACCCUUCCCGAAGUCAAGAACUCCUACGAUGAUUCUGCCUGGACUUCCGCCGACCACGACUACACCAACAACAGCGUCAACGCGCUCAAGACCCCGACCUCUCUGUUUUCAUCCGAUUACGGCUUCCACACUGGUGCUCUUCUCUACCGGGGUCACUUUACUGCCAAUGGCAAAGAAACGACCUUCUCUGUCCAGACCCAGGGUGGUACGGCCUACGGCCACUCCGUCUGGAUCAACGAAACCUACGUCGGCUCUUGGGCAGGCAUCAGCGUUGGCAGCAAAUACAAUGCCACAUAUACGCUGCCUACUCUACAGUCCGGCAAGACCUACGUCAUUACUGUAGUCGUCGACAAUAUGGGCCUGGAUGAGGACUGGACGGUCGGCUCAGAAUUGAUGAAAGACCCCCGCGGCAUCCUCCAGUAUUCCUUACCCGGCCAAGAGGCCAGCGCCAUCUCCUGGAAGCUGACUGGCAACCUCGGCGGUGAGGACUACCGCGAUACCGUGCGCGGCCCCCUGAAUGAGGGCGGCCUAUACGCCGAGCGCCAGGGCUUCCACCAACCGCAGCCUCCCACCCAGAAAUGGGACUCUAGCAGCCCAUUCACCGGUCUGACGAAGCCAGGAAUCAGCUUCUACAGCACCAGCUUCAACCUUGACUUGCCUUCGGCCUACGACAUCCCACUGUACUUCAACUUCGGGAAUAGUACUUCCCCGCCCGCUGCGUACCGCGUGCAGUUGUUUGUGAAUGGGUACCAGUACGGCAAGUACGUGAACAAUAUCGGGCCCCAGACGAGCUUCCCUGUUCCCGAGGGCAUUUUGAACUAUCACGGGACGAACUGGCUGGCGUUAAGUCUGUGGGCCCAGGGGGAUAAUGGGGCCAAGUUGGAUAGCUUCGAGUUGAUCAAUACUACCCCCGUGCUGACCUCGCUGAGUGACAUCAAGUCGGCGGCUCAGCCGAAGUAUCAGACUCGGAAGGGGGCUUAUUAG